GACAAAAUGGUAAUAACAUUGGACGCGAUGGAGAGCAGUACUCCACUCUUCUCCCCUUCACUCGUGACUCGCGAGUCAACUCAGCACAGAACCGCACGCACCACUUCUUCUCCUUUCUCGUUAGUUGAACACCGUCAACGCUCUACCAUGAUCAACCGCACCGCUCACUUCCCGGCACCGCACCACUGGAACUUUUCUCGGCAAGCACCGCCGCAUUCCGCCGCCGCUGCGGCUCAUCAUCAUAUCUCCUCGUCGCCGCCGCCGUCCAAGUUGCACGUAUAUUUCAGUCCGCCAUUGAUCGCGAUGCUGGUCGUCAUCGCGGCGGCUUUUGUAGUAAUCACUUACUCGAGGGUGAUUUCGCGCCACCUCAUCCACGUCCACCGCCGCUACCGACGGUGGCGCCGCUGGAGGAGGCGAUACGUGCCGUCGUACUCCGCCGACGAUGUUGAGUCCCCUCCCUACUCGUUCGAUACCGCCGACGGUUUGUACGUUUUCUCUCCGUACGGACUGGACGAGUCCGCGAUCAAAGCAAUCCCGCUCUCCAUCUACAGCCGGAAGAGCUCGGCUCACGACUGCGCCGUUUGUUUGCUGGAAUUCGAGGACGACGACUACCUGCGGACGCUUCCGACGUGUUCGCACGCGUUCCACGUGGAGUGCAUCGACAUAUGGCUCCGGUCGCACGCGAAUUGCCCGCUGUGCCGCGCGGGGAUCUUCAGGCCGGAGUCGCCGUUCACUCCAUUGAUGGCGGCGAGGAUACGGCCGAGCUUGGACGACCUGAUGUUCGAAAGCGGGAUGUUGGAGCCGUUGGCGGAAAUUCCGCUGGAAUCUGACGUGGCACCAACAGGAGAGAUCACGCAGGAAGCGCCGUCGCCGAGAGGGAAUAGCAACCCAUCAGAAGGCCGUUUCAACGGCCCGGAUUUCCUGCUGAAACGGUCCUACUCUUUCGGUUACGAGAGGAGCAUAGGAUCCGAGAGGCUGAUUCUGGAAGCCACCACCGCGUCUCCCUGGCGCUACCGCAGGGGAGGAUUCUGGAGCAAACGUCCGUCGCCGUUCAGCUCGCUGACGAAGCCGAGAGUGUUCUCCUUCCGGCAAUACAGGGGGACGAUGAAGUCCCCCUUCUUCCGGCGCAGAAGCCUCAGCUUAUUCCCCGGGUCAUCCGGCGGCGGAUGCAGCUCGUCGAGGCGGACCAAGUCGUUCGCCAGCCCGAUGUUCAUGAGAUCGUCCGCGGCCGGUCCCGGCGGAUUCUUCUCGUCGAGCCGGCUACGGAGCGGCGAUCCGGAGGCGCUGCUGUCGCCGGAGAGAUACAACCGGCGGUGAUGCGGAGGGGGACAUGAGAAUUAAAUGCGGCGAUCACCGUUGGACGGAUGGCACAGUAACCGAACGGAGGACCCGCUGAGAUCCGGGUCGGGUGGGACAGAUACGGGCGGGCGACAUUAAUGAGUUUGGCUCGGGGCAGACGUGGAAUUGGGGGCAUUCUGGGCGCUCUCAUUAAAUGGGGAGGCCGGAGAAAAUGGCGUAAAGGAAAAUGGAAAUGCAGUUGCGGCAUUUAAUGGGGAAUUGACCACUCGGGUAAGUAAGUUUGUGGAAAACAUCUUCAUGAAAUGAACUAAUUGAGAGAUCAUUAUAUCAAUAUAAUCAUCUUUUAACAACUUCAUCAACUUUUGAAUUCUCUAAAUCUGGUGUACAUCAUUAGUGGGAGUUGCUUAGUUGAACUG